AUGCGCUUUUUGCAACUGCUGUUGCCACUUGGCGUGGCUGUCGGUGAUCACUGCACGGACCAGAUUCUGGUUGCUUCGGCAACGAGGCCGCGUGUUGGCUUGCCUGCAUGCAUCCAGUUUCUGUCUUCUCUUUUCGAAGUUUCGCUGCAGUUUUAUCAAAGCGACAUCCAGUCGAAGUUCACAGAAUGGACUGCAAUGAGGAACGUGAGUUCAACAAUCCACGCUUGCGUUCCAGGCACCUGCUCGGAAGAACAUAUUCCCGCUGUGGCAUACCUGGUCUGCCUCAUGGUGACGCAGGAGCCUCGCUGCGUCGAGAUGCUUCAGAUCUCCUCGCCUGAGGCCGAGAUUGUCGGAUUCGCCAAGGUAUCCGCAGUUCUCUUGAUUCAAGGCAUGGCCGUGCAGAUCCAGACUUGGUUCCUGACGGACUGGCAGAGUUCCAAUGCAAGGGAGGCGCUCAUCGAGGCCUCCACGGCAUUGGUGAAGAAGGAGACGGAGCUUCGGAGAAAGGAGCGCCAAGUGCAACGGGAGCUUCAAGCGCUUCGAGAGCAGAAGCUUCUCCUGCAAGGGCAUUUCACCACCCUGGUCGACACUUGGAAUCAGCUGCUCGGUCAAGUCCCACCCGUCCUGCUACCGGAAGAGGUGCAAACGCUGGAACGUCUCUCCAGUGAUGCCCUUGGCACCCUCUCUGACCUUGAAGUCCGGACAGUGCCUCCAGUCCCAGCGAGUAGCCAAGCUCGCCACAUCUUCCCAGGUGCCGGGGAGCUUCAAAGAUCCACUGUGCAGCUGAGAGGUGUGUGCCUCCGAGAUCGCACAUCCGCAACGGAGUUCCACAGCCCCUUUGUUCCAGCUGCGGUCCUCACGGGACGGCGCAUCGAAGUUGUCUUCCAACAGCUCGUAGAGAUCGGACUUUUCCACCCGCACCACCGCUUCGUGGCAAGGAAUGUAACGGCCGAGGAGUUUGCAGUAGUUUGGAAGACGGCGGAUGAGCACUGGUCGGGGCUCACCAGGUUUGUCCACGAUGGCCAUUCUCCAAGCCAGCGCUGUCCCGAUUGUGCAAACAUUGGGCAUUUCCUUCUUGAUGAUAUGCUGAUAGAUGUGGUUGCACGAGUCGCCAACCAAGACAUUUCGGACCUGCAGGUCCAGCGCACAGUUGCCAACUUGCACUCUAAUCUGGGUGCAGCAGGUGUUAAACGGUUUCAAGAAGACUUCGUGUCAACGGUUUUUGAGUCUCCCACCAUAUUCAUGGGCGUAGACGAGGUUCAUUGCUUUGAAGCGGUGAUUCUGAGUGCCAACCCACGUCAGCGGACGGGAGGCUUCGAAGAGCUGUUGCAAGGCAGGCCAGGAAAGCCCUGGCAACACUACUCUCCCGAGACACUUUUUCGACAAGUCCGGGCACACUACCAUUUGACGGCGCAGGCAGCUCAAGCUCGCGAGCUAGUGGACCCGUCGGUGCCGCUGCCUGAGGUGCUGCUGGAUGCGCGGCGCGGGGCAUCACGCCGGGUCUUUGCAAGCGCAGAGGAGUUGGCCAAGCUGGUGGGUGCUACGCUAUUUGACUUUGCAGGUAAGAGCUGGACCAGCAGAGUCAGGUCUCUCUCGGCGGCGAAGGUGUACAUCGGAGUUUACGGAGGUCAACUUUUCCAGUUGCCUCUGAUGCACGAGGGCUCGCUGGUGCUUGUACUGACGUGUCAAAUCUUGCAGGCCCAUUGGCACGCCACCUUUUUGUUUCGGUUCCUCCGCCUUUCGGGUCUCGAGUUGCAGCAGAUGGAGCAUGACGGGUGCUUGGCGCUUCCGCCCAGCAUGGAGCAGAAUGCCCUGGCCGAGACCCGCCUUGCUCCUGUCAUGAAGCUAGCAGCGGAUAUCCAUCCUAUCAGCAGACUGGCCAACUCCGACAUCGUGCUACUUCAUAAGGAGUUCCUGUGCGCUUUCCGGCGUCCAGAGGCCAAGCUGGACUUUGAGAGAGAAGCAGAAACAGCUGGAAAUCCUGAGGUUUUGGAGGUUCUCUGGGGAGGCCUUGGGGUUGCUUUGAGACGCUGCGCCGAGUGGCACAUGGACUGUGAAGUGGCUGCUCCCAUAAGUUCUGAUGGCCGCGGCUGGGCUCUCUUGGCCAACACGAGGUAUUCAGAUAGCCUGGGGAUCCCUCACGAGGAGCUUGCCAUCAAAAUUGACUGUGUCGUCGGCGAGUUUUCAAGUUCCGAGAGUGCUGGUCUCUACAGACUGGAAAACACGUUUGCACCCCGAGUUUAUGAUCACUUGGUGACGAACGUGACAACAUCCAGUGCCACCGUGGAGCGGAUUCGUCAAUUAGUUUCGAAGCAUCAAGGCUACACGCCAUGGCGAGCGAGUUGA